CAAGGAAGAAAAGUACUUAGGGAGGAAACUUCAGGGAAGUAAAUUGCUGGGUUUGCUGGCAGGACUCAUCCGAGGAUCUGAGAGGCGGGAGCAAAAACCUCUUCUCGGUGAAAUAAGGAAGGGAGAGAAACGGGAGAUUUAAACCGCAAGCAAAUCGGAGCUGCUUCUGCAAUGAACUGGCUAGACGAACCAAACUGGCAGCUUCAUGUUUCUUUGCUCAUGCUGCUCUCCGUGCACACCAAGGCAAACUUCCUAGACAGCAGGCCUUUGAGGAGUUCUGGGAAAGUGAACAUGGAAACCCGGAAGGAAGAUAGUGGGAGCACAGCAGCUGCUCCUCCCCAGAAGAAGCUGUGGUGUCACUGCCAUCACUACUGCCCUGAAAACUCAAAAAACAACACCUGCAGUACUGAUGGCUUUUGUUUUGCCAUGGUAGAAGAUGAAGACUCUGGAGGACAGACCUUCACUACUGGCUGUUUAGCAUUUGAAGGUUCUGACUUUCAGUGCCGGGAUACUCCGUCAUCUCAACCAAGAAGAUUAAUUGCAUGCUGCACAGAUCAUGAUUUCUGUAACAAAGAUCUUCAUCCUACUCUGCCACCACUGGAAGAGCGAGGUUUUGCAGAGGGAAAUAUUCACCACAAAGCCUUGCUGAUCUCAGUGACUGUCUGUAGUAUACUCCUGGUGCUUAUCAUCAUAUUCUGUUACUUCAGGUAUAAAAGGCAAGAAAGCAGACCUCGUUACAGCAUUGGGCUUGAACAAGACGAGACUUACAUUCCACCGGGGGAAUCCUUGAAAGACCUUAUUGAACAGUCUCAGAGCUCAGGAAGUGGUUCUGGGCUCCCUCUGCUGGUGCAAAGAACUAUAGCAAAGCAGAUUCAGAUGGUGAAGCAGAUUGGUAAAGGUCGGUACGGAGAGGUUUGGAUGGGGAAGUGGCGAGGAGAAAAGGUGGCCGUCAAAGUAUUCUUCACGACAGAAGAAGCCAGUUGGUUCCGAGAGACAGAAAUCUAUCAGACUGUUCUGAUGAGGCAUGAGAAUAUUUUGGGAUUCAUUGCUGCAGACAUUAAAGGCACAGGGUCUUGGACACAGCUGUAUCUUAUCACAGACUACCACGAGAAUGGGUCCCUAUAUGACUACUUGAAAUCCACAACCUUGGAUACCAAAGCCAUGCUAAAGCUGGCAUACUCAUCAGUCAGCGGGUUGUGCCACCUUCACACGGAGAUCUUCAGCACUCAAGGCAAACCUGCUAUUGCCCACCGGGAUCUCAAAAGUAAAAACAUUCUGGUGAAAAAAAAUGGAACCUGCUGUAUAGCAGACCUGGGUUUGGCAGUUAAAUUUAUUAGUGAUACAAAUGAGGUGGACAUACCACCAAACACCAGGGUAGGAACGAAACGGUACAUGCCUCCUGAGGUCUUGGAUGAAAGCUUGAAUCGGAAUCACUUCCAGUCAUAUAUCAUGGCCGAUAUGUAUAGCUUUGGACUCAUCCUUUGGGAAAUAGCAAGGAGAUGUGUUUCAGGAGGAAUAGUUGAAGAAUAUCAGCUUCCAUACUAUGACCUUGUGCCGAGUGAUCCCUCGUAUGAAGACAUGAGGGAAAUAGUAUGUAUCAAGAGAUUACGGCCUUCAUUCCCAAACAGGUGGAGCAGUGAUGAGUGCCUAAGACAAAUGGGCAAACUAAUGACAGAAUGCUGGGCUCACAACCCCGCUUCUCGGCUCACAGCCCUGCGAGUAAAGAAAACACUUGCCAAAAUGUCAGAGUCACAGGACAUUAAGCUUUGAUUCGGCUGACAAAAGGCACCUUUAUGCUAAAGCUCAGAAAAAUGGACUUUCCUUCAUGUUUCAAAGAGACAGGAAGAAUUACAAGCCUUCACUAAUAAUAAAAGCCUUGAAUGCGGACGUUUGGCAAAGCAUCUGUCUGCUGGUGCAGAAACCUUUCCUGUGGGUGGAGGAAAGUGUGGCUCAGCCGAGGAACAUUUGGUUCUUGGACUACCAAAUGAGAAGACACUUCACCUCUUUUGGGAGCGACAGGAGAAACGGUAUCCAUAACUGCUUCAAGUUUAUG